AUGUCAACGGAAACGUUAACUCGGAGCGAAAAAUCCCCCGAGAGUGUUUCGCUUGAAAAAAAAUGGUCACGUGCAUUUCGUUUACAACGAGCAAAAUCAUUUAUAAAUUUCAAGUUUGCACAAUUUUUGGGUCAAGAAUAUAUUUGUGAAGGAAAGACUACUAAGGAAGGAAUAUCAAGAAAUCACUAUUUAAUCAAAGAAAGAUUUGAUAAAAAUCUUCGUGUAAAUCUACUUUAUGUAGAUUGUGGUGAUGAAACACCACCAGAAUUUGUUGGUAUUAAAGCACUUAUCAAACAUUACACUGUCUAUGCUUCGUUGCAUUCAUUUUCAUUGGCAAAUGGACUUAGCGUAGACGUUUUCCCGUGGUGGCAUUAA